AUGGUUAAGGUGAUUGGAGAAAAAGAAUUCCACGAACAGAUCGUUUGUAAUUAUACUGACGUUAUUGGAGAGAAGUUGGGAGGUAAAGUGCUUAAAUUUUCCGAUGAAUGGUUUGCAGCAGCUGAAAAUUUGAUUAAACCAAAAGCACCCAUUAGAGAUGCUACCAGAUUUACUCAUGCUGGUGCAUGGUACGAUGGAUGGGAGACAAGAAGACAUAAUGUUGAAGAAGCCGAUUACGUAAUUUUCAAAGCUGGGGUAUCAUCAGCUAAGAUUAUUGGGUGUGAAGUUGAUACUGCAUUUUUCAAUGGGAACCAUGCACCAUUUAUAUCGGUGGAAGGGGCCAACUUAACUAAUGAUGAAUUAAAAGAUGUUCAAUGGGAAUCAAUUAUUGACAAGAUUGAAUGUGGACCACUGCAAAAACAUUUUUUCGUUAGAGAUUCAAUAACUGAUUCAAAUUAUACUCAUUUCCGUUUAAGAAUGUACCCUGACGGAGGUAUUGCUCGUUUUAGAUUAUACGGGAGUGUUGUUGCAAUUUUCCCGCAGGAUUUAUCAACUAUAGUUGAUUUUGCUUCGGUUAAAAAUGGUGGGGUUGCAAUUGAUUAUUCAGAUCAGCAUUUUGGCUCUGCCGAUAACUUAUUAUUACCGGGUAGAGGACAUGAUAUGUCUGAUGGUUGGGAAACCAAGAGAUCCAGAGAGCCUGGCCAUGUGGAUUGGGUUAUUAUUAAAUUGGGUACUUUAACCAACAUUAAAGAAAUUGUCAUUGAUACCGCUCAUUUCAGAGGUAAUUUCCCGCAAAAAAUCAAUGUUAAAGGGAUCAAAGCUGAUAAGGUUCCUGUGAAAACUGCUAAAGAAUGGCAAACAUUGGUUCCAGAUUCCAAAACUGGUGCUGAUCAAGAGCAUUCUUAUAAAAUAGAUAAUAAAGACUCCUUCAGUCAUGUUUUGGUGACUAUUAUCCCUGACGGUGGGGUUAAACGUGUCAGAGUCUUGGGUACUGUAAUAAAUGAUUUUCUCAAUACCAAAUAUAAUCAUAUUCCCGAGGAAACUCUUUCUGUUGAAUCGCAAGAAGCAAUACUUCCUCAUAUAAAUAAAAUCAUUCCUUCCAAUGCAUAUUAUAUAAAACUUUUUCUUAAACAAUACAUCAAUUUGAUUGAAUUAUAUAACGAAGAGGUGAUUGAAACACUAUACGAAUUAUACUGCGACGGUAAGAUCUUAGGCUCGAUUGAAAACAAAGCUGAGGAUGCUGAAAUCAUUGAAUAUUGGAUAAACGAUGAGCAAAAUGAAAAUUCAAUUGUUAAAAUUAAAGAAACUCCUAAAUUAAUUUCGGGAAAUGGUACCACUGGAUUAAGAACUUGGGAAGCUGCAUUAUAUCUUAGUCAUUACCUUAACCAAAUCGAUUUAACUAACAAAAAAAUUUGUGAAUUAGGUACUGGAACUGGAUUAGUUUCAUUAUCAAUAAUGAAAAAUCAUGAUAUUGAACAAAUCAUUUUAACCGACGGGGAUUCAAAUCUUAUAGACAAUUUAAAUGACACUUUCAAAUUGAAUAAUCUUCAUUUAAACGAUCAUUUGAAAACUCAACAAUUAUUAUGGGGGACUACAAAUUUACAAAAUGAAAAUUUCAUCCAGCCUUGUCCAAAAGUAGAUAUGGUGAUUGCUGCCGAUGUCACUUAUGAUUCGAGCAUUUUACCCCAACUAUGUUCUACAAUCGUUGAUUUCUUAAAUAAUGGUACUAAACAAGUUAUAAUAGCAGCCACGGUACGCAAUCAACAGACAAUCGAUGAUUGGGAAGACUAUCUAACCCAGUGGUUUGCCAGUAAUUGGCAAGUGGCCGACCGCGUCGAAGACCCCCACAGCCUAGGUCUCGAAUGCUGGUUUAAAAAGGGUACUCCCCCAAUCAACAUAUAUAGUAUUUGCAAUUGA